CUUGCCCUGUACGUGGAUUGAUUUUUUUUUUCCUUCAGCAUUCCCUCACCAGAUGGAUUUUGCUACUGCAGAUCAGCAGAGGGUGUCAGAUCUUUCAGAGUGCACCAGGCUGGAACGAGCAGAGCUUCUUAGCAACUCUCUUUUUCCCCCCUCCCCAUUCUCGCGCUCUCUCUCCCUCCCUCAGACAACUCGCCCCCCGCCCUCCGCCCCCUCCACGUAAUUCCGAAAGAGCAGGAGAAAGAGAAGGAGAACAAGAAAAGAAGAGCUAGUAUCCGAGAGCCAGAACCCAGAAAAAAGGCUGAAGAGGACCGAAGAGGAGGAAAGGAAAAGGAUGGACAGCCACAAAACGCAGCGAUUGCGGAAAUUUUCCAGCGCCAUUGGCUCGGCAGCGUGAGUCCUUCGGUCGGGCGUGAUUUCAGCACCGGGGGGACUGGACAGCACCUCGGGGGUACUUCUGGGCAACCCGCAGCCACAGCAAGAACUCCAUCAGCAGCCUCAACGACAGAAGCCGCGGAAAACCCUGCUUUGUAUCAGAGAGGCAAGGAUGGUCGCUGUUACUUUGUGAUGAGAUCGGGGAUGAAUUGCUCGCUUUAAAAAUGCUGCUUUGGAUUCUUUUGCUGGAGACGUCUCUUUGUUUUGCCGCUGGAAACGUUACAGGGGACGUUUGCAAAGAGAAGAUCUGUUCCUGCAAUGAGAUAGAAGGGGACCUACACGUAGACUGUGAAAAAAAGGGCUUUACAAGUCUGCAGCGUUUCACUGCCCCGACUUCCCAGUUUUACCAUCUAUUUCUGCAUGGUAAUUCCCUCACUCGACUUUUCCCUAAUGAGUUCGCUAACUUUUAUAAUGCGGUUAGUUUGCACAUGGAAAACAAUGGCUUGCAUGAAAUCGUUCCUGGGGCUUUUCUGGGGCUGCAGCUGGUGAAAAGGCUGCACAUCAACAACAACAAGAUCAAGUCUUUCCGAAAGCAGACUUUUCUGGGACUGGACGAUCUGGAAUACCUCCAGGCUGAUUUUAAUUUACUACGAGAUAUAGACCCGGGGGCCUUCCAGGACUUGAACAAGCUGGAAGUACUCAUUUUAAAUGACAAUCUUAUCAGCACCUUACCUGCCAACGUGUUCCAAUAUGUGCCCAUCACCCACCUCGACCUCCGAGGAAACAGGCUGAAAACGCUGCCUUAUGAGGAGGUCUUGGAGCAAAUCCCUGGCAUUGCUGAGAUCCUGCUAGAGGAUAACCCGUGGGACUGCACCUGUGAUCUGCUCUCCCUGAAAGAAUGGCUCGAAAACAUUCCCAAAAAUGCCCUGAUCGGCCGAGUGGUCUGCGAAGCCCCCACCAGACUUCAGGGCAAAGACCUCAAUGAAACUACAGAACAGGACUUAUGUCCUUUGAAAAACAGAGUGGAUUCUAGUCUCCCGGCGCCCCCAGCCCAAGAAGAAACCUUCGCUCCUGGCCCCCUGCCAACUCCUUUCAAGACAAAUGGGCAAGAAGAUCAUGCCACCCCAGGGUCGGCUCCAAACGGAGGUACAAAGAUCCCGGGCAACUGGCAGAUCAAAAUCAGACCCACGGCAGCGAUAGCUACCGGCAGCUCCAGAAACAAACCCCCAGCCAACGGCUUGCCCUGCCCUGGGGGCUGCAGCUGCGACCACAUCCCAGGGUCAGGUUUAAAGAUGAACUGCAACAAUCGGAACGUGAGCAGCUUGGCUGAUUUGAAGCCCAAGCUCUCCAACGUGCAGGAGCUUUUCCUGCGAGAUAACAAGAUACAUAGUAUACGGAAAUCGCACUUUGUGGAUUACAAGAAUCUCAUUCUGUUGGAUCUGGGCAACAACAACAUCGCCACCGUAGAGAACAACACUUUUAAGAACCUUUUGGACCUCAGGUGGCUGUAUAUGGAUAGUAACUACCUGGACACGCUGUCCCGGGAGAAAUUCGCCGGGUUGCAAAACCUUGAGUAUCUGAACGUGGAGUACAACGCGAUCCAGCUCAUCCUUCCUGGCACCUUCAAUGCCAUGCCCAAACUGAGGAUCCUCAUUCUCAACAACAACUUGCUGAGGUCCCUACCCGUGGACGUUUUCGCUGGGGUCUCUCUCUCUAAGCUCAGCCUGCACAACAAUUACUUCAUGUACCUUCCGGUGGCAGGGGUGCUGGAUCAGUUAACUUCCAUCAUCCAGAUAGACCUGCACGGAAACCCUUGGGAGUGCUCCUGCACCAUUGUGCCUUUCAAGCAAUGGGCAGAACGCCUGGGUUCCGAAGUGCUGAUGAGCGACCUCAAGUGUGAGACGCCAGUGAACUUCUUUAGGAAGGAUUUCAUGCUUCUCUCCAAUGACGAGAUCUGCCCCCAGCUGUAUGCGAGGAUCUCGCCUACGUUAACUUCGCACAGUAAAAACAGCACUGGGUUGGCGGAGACCGGGACGCACUCCAACUCCUACCUAGACACCAGCAGGGUGUCCAUCUCCGUGUUGGUCCCAGGACUGCUGCUGGUGUUUGUCACCUCCGCCUUCACUGUGGUGGGCAUGCUCGUGUUUAUCCUGAGGAAUCGAAAGCGGUCUAAGAGAAGGGACGCCAACUCCUCGGCGUCCGAAAUUAAUUCCCUACAGACAGUCUGUGAUUCUUCCUACUGGCACAAUGGGCCUUACAACGCAGAUGCGGCCCACAGAGUGUAUGACUGUGGCUCCCACUCUCUCUCAGACUAAGACCCCAAACUGGUAGUGCAGUAGAGGGGGGAUGGCAAUGCCCCUCCAUCUCCCCACUCCGCCGCCGGAAUCCCAGAGGUCAGAGGAGCCCAGACCCAAGUCCAGCGCCCCCAAGGCUUGAUGGACAUAAGUAAAUAAAUAACUAUGAACUCGAUCAGCUGAGAGGGUCUGACCCCUUAGCUCCGUUCUAAAUACAAAGAGCAGAUUGUGGUGAGCAGGGAAAGCGCUGCCAAAUCGCAUUUCGCUGCAGCCCCUUUUGACAAAAGCCCAGCAGGGGCCCUGGGCUGAGAAGUGACUGUGCCCUUCCCCCUCGGAGGAGGGGCCGGAGGGGAUGGCUGCCGUGGUCCUAUACAUAUAUACAUAUACCCACAUCUAUAUAGAGAGAUAGAUAUCUAUUUUUCCCCUGUGGAUUAGCCCCGUGACGAGGGGGGCGUGAUGGCUCCCUGUUGGCUACGCAGGGAUGGGCUGUUGCACGAAGGCAUGAAUGUAUUGUAAAUAAGUAACUUUGACUUCUGACAAAAACAAAAAGUGCUGCAUGGCUCGCAUGGAAUCCACGCGUUCCAGGGACGCUGCCCUCCCGGCGACUGGGGACGCCGUCACGUUCACAGCUCCCACAGCUAUCCUUCUUACCUGAUAAGUCCCAUCGUAUCAAACUUUCUAGAAACAAAAUACAGUAUAAUCAGAAAGUGCCAUUUCGCCAUUAUUUGUGAUCGGUAGGCAGUUCAGAGCGUACGUUUACUGUGAAAAAAAAAAAUAAUGUAAAGGUUUUAUUUAAGACAUUUGCAUGGCUAGUCAUCAGUCCAUUUUAUGAGUUAAAAAUGUAUUUUGUUGAGCGAAGUUUUUAUGGGUUGUUUUGGGUUCUUUUAUUUUGAUGGUGAUGUUUUGUUUUUGUUUUUGUUUUUUUUUGGAGGGGGAAUAUUUUUCUAUACAUAUCCAAUAAUGCCUUCCAUCUGAAUGUAAAAUAAGUACCCAUGAUUUCUAUUAUAGUAUCAGUGUAAUUAUUAAAAAAAGAUUUUGAGGCAGUUAAGCAUGACCAAUUAAUGUCACUCUAGUGCUUAGGCUGCGAUCCUAUGGUAGCAAUUCUGUGCUGGUGUAAAUCUUACUUAUAAAGUAGGAAAAAAGAACCGAGGAAGCACGUGGAAUUUACUAAUUCUAUUCGAGGAUUUUAUAAUGGCAUAUUUUUUCAGUAUUAAAGUGAAAAUGUUUUCAACUCUGGGUCCUUACAUUUUUCCAGCUUCAUAUUUGCAACUGGUAAAUUGGAUUUGCGGUGGAAAGGACGCGGGAGGGGGGCGGUCCGGGUUGGAUGUCUUCCAGAGCUACAUUAAGGCUCUUUCUGUAAUCUUCUUACUUAGUUUUUUGCGGGUUACGUAGCUCCCCAUCCCCCUCAUUCCCGCCCGGACUUUUCCAGCUUUCCCCUGCGGUUGAGUAAGGUUUUCCCCCAGCACACCUCCUUCCCCACCUCCCUUUUCCUCCUCUCCUUAUGCGGCAGUGAAUCCCUUUAUUAAUUCUGGAAAUCCCUCGCUGCCGCUUCUGCUGCUGCUGCACACAUUGCAGAUAUGUUAAGAAUGUUAGUAGAGAUUUGAUUUAAUUGACUCUGCCUAGAUCGGUCUCAUUAAACAGUGGAGGUUUCAUUGGUCAGCACUCUUCGAUGAAAGACAGCCCUAAUGACUGGCAUUUGAGAUGCUGCUGGCGUUUUGAAUUCAACAUCUGCCGAAAACGGUAAAACUAAUUAGUGCCCACCUACCCUCCCCGCCCCGGCAACUGCAUAUUGAAAUUUGUUAAAGCACUCGUCUUUAUGGAAAUCAAUCAUUAUCCUAAAGAAGUGUUUCUCUCCCAUCAUUUGGAUUUCUGGUUGUGGCCCAGUAAUUAACAAGAAAAGCAUUGAACUGUUUGAAUUUUAUGAGCCAAUGUAACUCUGGCCUCAAUCAUAUUCCUCUGGGAUUGCUAAGCAGUCUAUGUUAUCAGCAGUUAAGGGACAAAAAGCAAGCAAAACUACACAAGUUGAUGGGGUCUGCAUUCCACCACAUAUCCAUUCUGGAGAAGUAUGUUAAAAAACUGCAGACCACAGGUUAAAAAAAAAAAAAAAGAAUGAAAGAAAGAAAGAAAUUACUAGAUUGUAAAUCAGCUAAUGAAAGCCCACAGAGCAGUUUUAAGAUUUGCCUUCUAGAACUCAUAUUCUAGACAGAAGUAAUUUCCCAGAACGGUGAUGUUCUGGAGUAUGUAUUAUUUAUUUUAAUGCUUUUUAAAAAAAAAUAAAAUCUUUAUUAUAAACCAUGACUAUUCCUAAGGCCAUUCAUCAUUUUCUCUCUUGAUUCUUUUGUUUGUGGACUGCAUUUCAUAGUAGUAAAACUGUAACCUACUGUCCUCUGACAAAUACUCUUAAGUUGCUAUUUAUUUAUUCAUUUUUCAUAUGAAGGCCUUAAUUCUUUUUAUGGGAAGACAACUGGGUUCCCCUUAGGAAAUCAACAGAUUUGUGAUGGAAAUGUUGGGGAAAGGGAAGAGUAAUAUAGUAAAUGAUAUUAUGACCUUAAGAAAAAAGAGAAAAGAUUACAGGUGUCCUGUGUUUCUGGUGGAAAGUGACUUUUGAAAAAAUAUCUAGUGAGGCAUGAUGGUAAUUUUUAGAACUGAUACAUGAUUGAUUUAAGUCAAGGAAAAUUGAACUUCUGGUAGAAGGUGUGUACUGGGUCAUGAACUUUCCUUCAUACCAAUUAAAAAGAAAUUACAUUAGGCAAGGUUAAAGGGGUAAAUUUAUUUUUAAAAUAUUAGCUUCGAUGCUUUUUUGAGUGGUCAUUUUCUGCCAGGCAUGUGCUAAGUGUUUUAUAUAAUUAUUUAACUUAAUUAGCACAACUACAGAAUAAUUUAAUAAGAAAUUGUUAUUUCCAUUAUACUAAUAAGAAAAUUGAGGCUUAGGGAGAACAAGCAGGAACUUAGACCAUCCUUGGUAAAUAGUGGAGCUGUAUUUAAACCCAAUUUUUCUCAUACUCCAAAACCUUACUCUUUGAAUGGAGUAGUCAUAUAUAUUUACCUGGUAACUUCUUAAAGAAAGCUAUUCUUAAAAAAAAAAAAUAUAUAUAUAUAUAUAUAUAUAUAUAUAUACACACACACACACACACACACACACACACACACACAGACAUACAUAUCUGUAAAAAUACAGAUAAAUUAAAGACCCUGGUUUUAUCUUCUUAAUUGAGUAUGUACUGGUGGCCCUUAAGUCUUACAAGAUAAGAAAAUUGUCCCAUAUUUUGAGGAGAUAACUUUAGUGGGUUCUCCAGGAGUGUAAAAGAAGACUUAAUAUAAAGAAA